AUGAACGAAAGUCUUACAGCACCGGUAACGGAGUGGGAGGUUAAAUUAGCUCUUUUUGCUAUGCACCCAGAAAAAGCACCAGGGCCAGAUGGGAUGACUGCACUGUUUUACCAGAAAUUCUGGGAUAUAGUAAAGGAAGAUUUAACUCUUAUGGUUAAUAAGUUCCUUACUGAUGGGAUAAUGCAUGAUGGUCUGAAUGAAACUAAUAUUUGUCUCAUCCCAAAAACAACAAAAUCUAAUGAAAUGGCUCAGUUUCGGCCUAUAAGUUUGUGUAACGUAAGUUACAAGAUUAUCUCUAAGGUCCUAUGCCAGAGACUUAAGAAAGUGCUACCAGGUUUGAUAUCGGAAACCCAAUCAGCCUUCGUUGCUGGAAGACAAAUUUCUGAUAAUAUUAUGAUUGCUCAAGAGAUGUUUCACGCUCUCAGGACAAAGCCAAGCGGACGAAACAAAAGAAUGGCUAUUAAGACAGAUAUGAGCAAAGCCUAUGAUAGGAUGGAGUGGUCAUUUAUUGAAGCUGUGAUGAGAAAGAUGGGUUUCUCAGAAACUUGGAUCACAUGGAUAAUGAGAUGCAUCACGUCAGUACAAUAUAGAGUCUUCAUGAAUGGCCAACCGAAAGGAAACAUUAUUCCAGGAAGAGGCCUACGCCAAGGAGAUCCUUUGUCUCCUUUCAUUUUUAUUCUAUGCACGGAAGCGCUCGUCAGCCUUCUUAAUCACGCAGAGAACCAGGGAAAGAUAACAGGGAUGCGCGUUACCCGCGCGUGUCCAUCGGUGAAUGGCUGGACAUGGCGCUGGCUCUCGAAAGGAGGAAAGGAGGUAUUGAUUAAGUCCAUUUUGCUUGCUCUCCCGACGUAUGUUAUGUCUACUUUUCUGCUCCCAUUGGAGAUAUGUGAAAACCUUGCCAGUGCUAUUGCCCAAUUCUGGUGGAGCUCGAAUCCCCCUAAGAGAGGAAUACACUGGUCGAAAUGGGAGAAAGUUUGCCUACCAAGAGAAGAAGGAGGGAUUGGAUUUCGCUUGAUUCACGAGUUCAAUCUGGCACUACUGGCGAAACAAUUAUGGAGGCUAACACAAAACCCGGAUUCGCUAGUCGCCCGUGUACUAAGAGGAAGAUAUUACAGACUAAGCUCGCCUUUACGAGUAAAUUCUGUAAACAGUCCUUCUUAUGUUUGGACUAGUAUUUCUGCUGCGAGGGAACUUUUGUUGCUGGGGAUAAGACAGAAAAUACACUCUGGUUAUAAGGUGAAGGUGUGGGAAGACCCCUGGAUUCCAUUGAAUCCUGCCAGGGCAGCUAUACCCAUAGCGCCAGUUAUGCAUCCAAAUAUGAGAGUGAGUGAUCUUAUUAACCAGGAGCUAAAGGAAUGGGAUGUUAAUCUACUGGAACAAUAUGUCAACUUUGAUGAUAUACCACUCAUAAGGAGUUUAGCCAUAAGCACAUCUCAUAGACCUGACACGUUUUGCUGGAACUUCACGAGACAUGGACAAUACACGGUCAAGUCUGGAUACUGGGUUGCUCAAAAUCUUUUGAAGGAUGCAGACGAAAAGCAGAUGUUAGAGCCAAUAACGAGAAAUCUAGUAAAGCAGAAUAUGAGAUGCAACAAUUACUGCCCAAGAUGUGGAGAACCAGAGGAGUCAGUAACACAUGCUAUUUUCGAAUGUCCACCUGCGCUACAAGUUUGGUUACAUUCAUCGACUCCAACUAAUCCUGGUGUCUUUCCAACAUCAAGUAUCUACACGAAUAUGAACUACCUCUUCUGGGAAAAAGACGGUUCACUUGAACCAGAACUAGAUAGGGAUCCUUAUCCCUGGCUAAUUUGGUACAUCUAG